UGCAAGAAUAAAGCUGUCAAAAAUGUCAAACCAUUAAAGUUAAAAAACUAUCAAAGUUCACAUUCAGCGAUAGUUUACAAACUUAAUAGUUCGGCAGGUCGAAUUUAAUUCUUUCACCUGAAGCCUUUUAGUCUCUAAUACAGAAUCUGAAGUGAAAUGUUCAGUGAAAUCCAGCCGAAUUGAGGCUUAUAAAAGCACGCAAGUCUUUUUUUUUAUGCGACUAUUUAGAAAACAAACUGUUCAAGCAUGUUUUUUAUGAAUGAAUGACAGCCGAAUUUACUGGAACAUGAAGAUUGCUCGGGAUGACAGCGCCGUAAAUUUCGGCUGCAGUGACUGACGUGGCCACCCAACGCAUCGGAAAGGUGUCAAAGCAAGUUCUUAGUAGUUCUCUCGAAGGGCAGCCGAUGUAAUUACUUUCUUUCUUGACUGUGAUGACCGGAGAUCGCCACGAUGAGCUAGCUGCGUUGGACCUCAGCAUCAUACCGUCAUGAUUAGUAUGAGUUUCACCAAUUAUACCAGUUUGGCUACAAUUUUCAUCGUUUCUGUUUUGUUCUGUUUUUUGUUUUGUUUUUUUUUUGAACGCGAAACUUUAUACACUACACGAGUGUUAGCCGUGUUUGACUUUUACUAUAAUACAUAAGCUUGCAAUCUAACUGAGUGUGAAAACCUUCAAAACUCGGACUGUCUAUUUUGUUUACUCUUUGAGGAUUUUCGUCUCUGCUCACGCUAUAUACGGCGCCUGGCAUGUUUACAAACUUUUCUUUGGUUCUUCUGUUGCUAUUUACCGACUUCUCUGUUCCGGAAUUUCACUUUCAAUUAAAGAAAAAAAACUAGGGAAAAGUCCCGGAGAAAGUCGGACAUAGUACAAUUAAGCAGAUGGCGUGACAGCUUUAGCUCAGCUCUAUGCUCUAUACUCUCAAAGAGCACGCUCUUUCAACCAAUGACAGCAUGCGUAAUAUCCGAACUUUAUUAUAAAAUUAUACAAAAGCAAAGCGCGGGCAUCAAGUGCAAAAAUAAUUUAUUGAAACCAUGCAAGUGGCAUUGUGCGUUCGGUCAAAACAACCGCGUACGAUCAAAACUGUGUUUAUCUUAACCAAUCAGAAUUGAGUAAUUUUUUCAUGUAUCUCAUUAGUUUAGUCAGUCAUUUUUUGUAGUCGAUUCCCUGUGAUUUGGCCAUUCGUUAAUAUUUUGAAUGUUGUUAUUAUAUGAAUUUAAAAGUCCAAAGCCAUGUAAGCUUGAGAUUUGGUAAUAAGUUUCCUAACUGAAUGUCCUGUGAAACUUCCAAGUGGACAUGCCUAGUUGGACCCACACGGAAGUUCUUGUUUUGGCUAACGCAGUCAGAGGUUGAUUCAGUUAAUCAUAACCAUUAAGUUUCACUGUUGUUGUUAAUUUUCAGCAAGCAAUAGUGAAUAUAUAAGCAGGUACUCUAGAGGUUACUUAGUAAAAGAAUGCAGACACGCUGAAGUAGACACAGAAUUCCGUAGCUGAAGUGAUUUUCUAGCACCACAAGUCGGUAAGAAUCAUAGUGUGAGUGACGAAAGACUAACAAAGACUUGAAAAGAAUGAAGCAAAACUGGAUGUAACUAAAAAAUUAACUAAAUUAGAGAAGCGAGUAAUUAAAGGAAACAGUACGAGAGUCCUGAGCGUGGUGUGCUCGUUAGCAAGGUUCUCCUCAUCAUUGUGAACCAGCAUAUUUAGAGGAGGACAUUUGGUUGCUAACACUAUCAUUGACGUCUUAGGCUUCAUCCAACCCAACGAAAAAAAUAUAAAAUAGAUUAAAAGAAAUCAGAGCUCGAAAUACAAUCCUUUUAAUACAGAUGACGAGCAUUCCUGGCAUAUUACACGGACAUUUGCUAACCUAUUUUUCCUAACUACAUAAAACAUUGGAUCACUCUCAGGUCACUGAAGUAUUAAAAAAAAUCAUUGAAAUCCGCGACGGAUGCAAAGCGAAAGAGAUUUUAUCAAAUCAUGGAAAAAUACACAAAGCUUUGUAUGGAAGAAGAAAGGAUGAACUUCAGUUAAACAUAAUGGUAAUAGGACCAAGUGGACUCCCCUUCGGUCUAUGAUCACGCGAGUGAUUAACAAAAUCGGACGACCGCGAUUAACAGUAUUGGACGACACAAAGUCCCGUUUCCAAUUAAUCAUAACCGUUCGCAAUUUCCGAAAAAAAAAAUGAAAACGAGUACAUUUAGGACAAAAUUGUGGUAGAGAACAUGUCCAAAGAAAAAACUUUUGUUCAAUUUGGAAAUUCCUCAGUUUUUUUUUCAGGAUAAGUAGUUGUUGCUAUGGUUAUUGUGAUCAAUACUGUGAUUGGUGGAUACGGCUGAGUGGACCUAAUAUGGUUGCUUUAACUGUUCGAUUACAGCAAACUGUCCGAUUACGAUUGAAUAGAAUGAUUAGUGAAGAAUAAAGCAGCUAAUAUACCAUUCAUAUUUGAGGAAACUGUAAUGGUUAUCAAGAUUCAUUCAGAAAAUGGCGGAACGCUCCUUUCCUCUUGCAACGACCGCUCCACAAAGAAAACGAGGCGGAGCGCAUUCCGAUCAUUAAACAGAUAAAGCAGAUAGAUUGCAUCGUUAUCAUUUUGAUGAAUUGAUCUCAGCUGAUUGAUAGUGUGAAAUACUGCCUGCAAAACAGAAUCACAAGUCGUCUAUUUUACGAUGGAUCAAUCCAAAUUAGUAAUUUCCGAUGAACAAAGCUAUCAGUUUAAUUUUUAGCCCAUGGCAAUAUUUUCCAGCUUCAAUAUAAAUUUCUAACAUCCUCGUGAUUGUAAGCUUUAGAGAGUCGUGUGGUGAUCGGACGCUCAUUUUAAAAUGCAGUCCUUAACAAAACUGAGCGAUCCACAAAAAGAUUGAGGACUGUACUGAGCCUCCCCAUUUCAUUCUAAGACACGCGUCGAGCGUUUGCUCACGUCUUAUUCCUGGCAGAUAGUAUAAAGACUUGAAUCUGACAAGACCAACAGCAGCCCUUCUAGACAGCAACAGCAGCCCUUAGAUGUGUUACGAGGAAACUAGCGAAGGAAUUUUACAUCAUAUGUCCGCCAUUUUGAGUAGUCCAAAAAUGUGUAAGGUUAUUCACAUGUUGUAUAGUUAAAGCCGCCUUUGACGUGUUAUUUUAUAAACGAUUGUUACUGAAUCAAAGCAAUAUCUUAAUUGUACGAUCUCCGCUGCACAUGUAAGACAUAUCUUGCACUCAAUCAGUCAAUGUUGUCUUUACAGGAGUCAUAGAUCUGUUUGGUGCUACAGGCGGAUUGGUGGAAUUUAGGGCUUCACUUUCAGCAUCUCAUGGAUUCGCUACUCUUGCUUUGGCCUACUUGGGCUAUGAAGAUCAACCAUCGUCUCCAUCUUCAAUAAACUUGGAUUAUUUUAAAGAGGCUGCCGACUGGCUUAUAGGCCACCCUAAAGUGCUUCCACAUGGUAUCGGCAUGCACGCUAUAUGCUAUGGCUCAUGGAUUGCAUUGAUGAUGGCAAGCUAUCAGAUCGCACCAAUAAAGGCCAUUGUAGCUAUUUCGCCUCUGGUAAUCGCCUUUCUUCACCCUUUCCAAUUAAAAGGGAGAGUCUCAGACAUGAUACUCCCUGAUGAGAGCAAGGUAAUGUCUUCAGAAAAGGGCAGCAUCUGGCGUUUCGCCCUACCAACUGGCAUUGAUUACAUGAAUCCAACAACAGUCUCCAAGUACUCAGCUAUUACACCAGUUGAGAACAUCAAUUGCCCUGUCAUGCUGGUUUCUGGAACUGACGACUUGUACAUCCCCACCGAUUUUACAGUAAAGUUCAUUACUGAUCGCUUGAAGGAGAAUGGAAAAGAACAUUUGUGCACAAACUUGCGUUAUCCCCAAGCGGGACAUAUCAUCGAACCACCCUACUCUCCUCUUUGUGACUUUUCUUUCAGCAAAUCCAUAAAAGAAUGGUGUGGUUACCCUUACGUAGCCUGGGGAGGGGAGACUGUUGCACAUGCCAGAGCACAAGAAGACUGCUGGCCAAAGAUUUUACAUUUUCUGCGAAAACAUCUCCAACAAGACACAGAGAGUGAGAAAUAA